UAUCAUCCGAUUUAAUAACAAUAAUGAUGAAUAUGAUGAAAACAUCGACAACAUUGGAAACUAUGUCAACAACAAAUAAUAUCAAUAUAUUUCCAUUGUUAAUUGUAUCGGCAACAAAAUUAUCACCAUAUCAAUUGUCACAACAACAACAGCAACAAAGAAUAUCACCAUACCAUCAACAUGAUCGUCUUUAUCCAUUUGAAAGAGCUCAAUAUACUGAACAUUUACAAUUAGAUCGAUCUCAUUCGAAUAAUAAUGAAAAUAAACAAGCGAAAAUUGAUUCUAAAACAUUGGAACAAUUACGUUUGGAUUCAGUUAAAAAUAGAUUAUUAACAAAAUUAAAUCUUGAAAUACCACCAAAAACAACCGAUAUAACUGAAGCAGAUCGUGAAGAAAUACGUGAACUUAUUCGAAGAACCGGAUUAGAAAUGAUUGGUACAACAGAUCAACAUCAACAUAGAAAACGUCGUCAUCGUAAAAGUUUAAUUUCAUCUGCUGAUGAAUUUCAUUCAAACGAUGAUUUUGAUGAAUAUGAUGAUGAUGAAGAUGAUUCACAUGAAGAAUAUAAAAAAGAAGCAUCUGAAAUGGUCAUUUUUGCUGAACCGGGAAAUAAUCUUGAUGGACAUAUACUUCUUACAUUAAAAGCACCGGAUAAUUUAAAUAAAAUAAAUGUAACGCAAUCAAUUUUUUGGUUACGUUUAAUAAUGAAUCGUCGUUUAUUGAAUCGUAUGGAUCUACAAAGUCGUGCAAAAAUUUUGGAAAAAUCAGCUAAAGUUAAUUUAUAUCGUUUGGCAGAUAAUACAUUAAUGACGAAUACUCGUAUACCUCGUAUUCAUUCUAGAUCAUUUUUUCAAAAACAUUCAUCAUUUUUGAAUGAUAAUAAUAAUAAUCAAAAUCAUCAUAAUAAUAAUGAUGAAGAAAUUAAAUUGAAAAAAUUAUCAUUUCAAUUAUUGGCUACACAUCAACUAAAAUCAUUAAAACAUGGUUGGAUAAAAUUUGAUCUAACAAAAUCAAUAAAUAAUUGGUUUAAAUCGGUUAAACAACAACAAAAUGCUGGUGAUUUAGGAAAAAAAUUAAUAUUAUUAGUUGAUUGUCCCGAUUGUAAUAAUAUAAUAGGCGUUGAUCUUGGUAAUGGACAACAACAACAACAACAUUCAUCAGGUAGUAACCGUUCAAAAUCAAUAAUAUCAACAUUUACUAAUCAUCAUUUUCAUAAUCAUAAUCAUAAUCAUUUUCAUAAUAAUCAAAAAUCAAAUGAUAAUAAUAUUUCUACAAUAAAAAAAUCAGGAAAAAAUGGUCGUAAACAUCGUCAUUUUCGACCAUAUUUAUUAUUAAAAACUGAAAUGCUUGUAAAAUCAAGACAACGUCGUCAUUCAUAUAAUUGUGAAGAUGUUAAAAAAGGAACAUGCUGUAAACAAAAAUUAUAUGUUGAUUUUAAAGAUAUUGGUUGGUCAUGGAUAAUAUAUCCAGAAGGUUUUAUUGCAAAUUAUUGUAUGGGUGAUUGUCAAUAUUCACAUACAAACGAUUUAUAUGCAUUUCCACAUUCACAUGUUUUAGAUAAUUAUCGUGUUGUACAUAAAAAUGAAACAAUAUCAACUUGUUGUUCACCAAGUAAAUUAUCACCACUUUCAGUUGUUUAUUAUGAUAAUAAUAAAAAUCCAAUUAAAAGAGAUAUUGAAAAUAUGAUUGUCGAUGAAUGUGGAUGUACAUUUUAAAAAGUCAAUCCUAUUAUAUAACCAACCAACCUAUUACACACUACCAUUUAUAUGUCAUCAUAAUAAAAUUAUUAUGUGGAUUAUUAUUUUUAUUAUUAAAAUGCAUACCAAACAACAA